AUGAAGCAAAUAACCAUAUUUUUCUUCUUCAUCGGCUGCUACUAUUACGUCGUUGAAGCCAAUCUAUGUAGACGACCUGAUGUUGAACGUGUUCAUGUUUACAUCUACAGCAGCAUAGGCAAGGUGCCAGUACAAUUAAACAGAUGCCUUAUCCAAAACGCAAAUAACGCUUAUUCCGAUAUUACAAAUCAAUGCCUAAAUGCUACUAAAAAAGGCAUUUCCAAAACUCCACAAGAACAUGAACAAACAACACUUGUUGAAGAAUACAUCACCAAAGCUGAUUUGCCUUUAGAUGGUCAAGUAUGGGAGGUCCUCGAAAAACCUUUAAUCAAAUGCCCUGCAAAAGUACAUACAGUAUUUGAAGGAGAAGUAGACCUAUGGUUUUUUAAGAAACAAGAACUUACAUAUUUAUUUUAUUAUAACUCAAAAGGUGAUGAAGCUUUCUAUUUAACUCUAACAGAGAAAGAUAAAUGCCAAGAUAAUGAAGUUUGGUAUACUGAUGAAGGAUACAUAGUUUCUUUAAAAUCUCUUGAAUCAGAAAAAAUAACUGGUAACUAUUUCGCUACAAAAUCAAAGCAAAUAGUCGGUGAAGCUAUUCUUAAGAACUGCGACCUACGCUCUAUCAAUUUAUAUGAUUUUACCAAAAAAAUCGAUAUUGAUUAUUUAUAUGAUUCUCAUAACUUCUUUUUAUUCUUUAAAAAAUACCAAGAUGUCAUUAAACAAAGCGAAGAACAUAUUCUUGAGAUUGUUAACAAUGAAACUCUCUCUACUAUUGAAACAAUAAAUGGCAAACUGCAUGGAGAGACUGAUGCUUUAAGAACUCUUUUUAACAGAGUAAAUAAUGAAAUUUCAGAAAUUCGAAAAUCUCUGGAUACUGACGACGGUAAGGUAGAUAUGGAUAAACUUUCUAAACAAAUUGCGUCGCUUUUUGAAAAAAAUAAAGAAUUCGAUGAAAUUCAAAUACAACUUAUUCAAGCAAAUAAAAAACUAAACCAACAACUUAACUCAAAGAACUUAGAUUUGGAAAAACUUAUUGACAAAGUUGAACUGAUACAGACUGUUAUCAAUGGACAUAUUCCAGAUUUUAUUAGUAAAUCUGAGGUAAUAGAUAAACUGGAAGAAAUAGAAAUUAACUUUAAUCAACAAAUUAAAGAAUUAGCAGCUAAUGUUACGAGAGCUAUGUUAGACCACGAAGCCAGAGAAGCAAAGGCUAAAGCAGGUGUAAAAGGCGGAGUGAAAGGAGGAAGUAACGGAGUAAGACAAACUAGAUAUGAACUUGAGGAGUUUAUUAUUGAAAAACUAAAAUCUUACAAUGAAGAUCAAUGUGAAGCGGCCAUUAAAGGUUUAACCGAUAAAACAAAAGUAUUCUUGGACAUGUUAACAUAUGAAACUCAUACAAAUACAACAAUUGUAGAAGAAAGGAUAUUGAGGAAGAUUCAUGAACUAUCAUUAGAAAAUGAACCGCUUGUAAUUAAAUUGAAAGAAGUAGACGAGAAAAUUGUUGAAAUCUAUAAAGAAAUUGAAAGCAACAAAAAAAGUUUGAGCGACUUUAAAGAUGUAAGCGAAAAAGAUAUAGAGGCAUUAAAGAUAAAAGUUGACAAUCUGUUUAUAAAGGAAUCAAAGUUUGAGACAAUGAUUAAAGAAUUGGAAUAUUUAAUUAAUUCUAAAUUUCAAAAUAAACAAGAUUUUACUCCUGAAACUGAAAAACUGAAGAUAUGGGUAAAUGAAAAGUUGAAAUCAAGAGAUGAAAGAUUAGAUUCUCUUGAAAUUAUAACAGUUCAUUUGAAUGAGCACGUCAAAACUGAUUUUGUAGCAAUAGAAGAAAUAAAGAUAAAAAUCCUAGAUAUCAUUGAAGCCCUAAAGAAAUUCGACACAAUCAAAGGUGAUGUAUUGCAUGAAUUAGAAAAUAACUAUUCUCUUGUACAAAAUAAUAUAACAACACUUUAUCAGCUAUUGGAAGAACAGUCCCAAAUUCAAGCACAACAUUCCAAAACAGUAGAAAGUCAAAAAAACGCAGACAAAUCCCAAUUAGAAAAGUUAGUAGAUUCUCUCAAGGACAUAAUCAAUAACGUCAAAGUCGAUGUAGAUUCUAACUCCGAAAGAAUAUCUAGGAUAGUAGGUGAAGACUUGAAAGACGAUGACUCAUUUGAUGCAUUGAAGAAAGAGUUAAUUACUCAAGAAACUGAUUUAAAAGAAUUAGAAAACUUAGUUACUGAUCAAAAGGCAGAGUGCCAAAAUCAAAAUCAAAAGAAUAUCGGAAUUAUCAACAAUUUAAAAGAAAACAUCACGGAAUUGUAUGACAUUAUAAAGAAACAUGAAGAUACAAUUUUAAUCAUACAAAAACAAAAAGAAAAUGAAAAGAUGACGGAAAGUAGUUCUGAAGAAAGUAGUUCCGAGGAAGACAAUGUUAAAGGACAAACUAAAGGCAGUGGACAUGGAAAUGGACAUGGACAUGGAUAUGGAAAUGGACACGGACAUGGUCACCAUGGCUUUCCUUAUGGAUGGCAUAAAAGAUCCAAGAACAAUGAUUAUCUUUCCUCACAUGUAAAAACACAUUCACCUGAAGAAGCUAGCCAGAUGAACGAAGAUGUCUCUAUAAUUGUUCAACGACAAGAUGAAGAAAUUAAGAACUUAAAAAAUUUAAUAUCCGAUGCAACCUUAACCAUUAAAACUCAAGAUAAUAAAAUUAAACAUUUAGAAGAAAAAUUAGAAAAUGUUCUUCAAAAAGUUGAAAGUCUCGAUUAUUCUACUUCUCAUCACAUAAGAAAUAUUGUUGCAAAGACCGUAACACAACACGUAGAACUGGUGAGUCUUGAAACUGAACUGAAAUCUAGAAUUUCAAAAUGUUGCGGAAGCACCAAGUCCAAUGUUAAAACAGCCGGAGUUAAAACUGCUGGAGUUAAAACUGCGGCAGUUAAAACUUAUAAUGAACUUGAAGAAGAAGAAGAAGAAGAAGAAGAAGAAGAAGAAGAAGAAGAAGAAGAAGAAGAAGAAGAAGAAGAAGAAGAAGAAGACAAAAACAGUAAAAUAAAAAAAAAUAAAUUAAGAUUCUUACCUCAGUUUCCUCUUCAUGUCCUACAUCUGUUGAACGACUACCUCUAG